AUGUCAGAAAGAUCAAAUCUAUGGGGUGGUACGUUUGACAUUACCCUGGAAAUGGAAGAUCAAAGCAUCGAAAGUGGCCACCGCCACUACUAUGACAGAUCUGCCUAUCAAUCACCAUUGGAAGACGAAGUGAAGCAAGGCUGGUUAUUAAGACCGGCCAUGGAUAUGGAAAUGAAAAGGAAGAAGAAGAAACGUUGCUUCAACAUUAAUCCCACCGUGUUGAUCAGAACCCUGGUAGUGGUUGCCGUGUUAGCCGGGUUUGUAGCCCUUGUCGCUUUUCUAGCAACUCGCCGUCACCACCACCGUCCACCUCCCGUUCAGGACAACUACACCAUUGCUCUUCAACGUGCCCUUAUGUUCUUUAAUGCUCAAAGAUCUGGAAAACUCCCUGCAAAUAACCAUGUUUCAUGGCGGGGUGAUUCGUGCUUGGACGAUGGCAAUGGAUACUUGAACGGGCUAGAAGGCGGCUACUACGACGGCGGGGAUGCCGUCAAGUACAGUUUUCCUGCAUCUUUUGCAAUGACCAUGUUGAGUUGGAGUGUAUUGGAGUAUAGUGCAAAAUAUGAAACUGCCGGAGAGCUUAACCAUGUCAAGGACAUAAUCAGAUGGGGCACGGAUUACUUAUUGAAGACAUUCAAUUCAUCUGCAGAUACAAUAGACAAGAUUGUUUUACAAGUUGGAAAAAAUUCUUCAGAGAACUGUUGGAUACGUCCCGAGAGCAUUAAUUACCCAAGGCCUGUAAUACCAUGUUCUACCUGUCCAGCUUUAGCUGCAGAAAUGGCUGCUGCCUUAGCUGCUGCAUCAAUUGUUUUCAAAGAUGAUCAUAAAUACUCGAAGAAAUUAGUCCACGGAGCGGAUAUACUCUUUAAGUUCGCUACGAAAGGGGAAGGCGAACGGUAUGCCGGUGGUUCGGAUCCCCCUUCGAAUUUUUAUAAUUCGUCUGGUUUUUGGGAUGAGUUUGUUUGGGGAGGAGCUUGGAUGUAUUGUGCAACAGGGAAUUCUUCCUACAUUGACCUUGUUACCAGCCCUGGUUUGGCGAAACAUGCCGAGGCUUUUUGGGGAGGUCCGGAUCAUGGCGUACACGGUUGGGACAACAAGCAUGCGGGUGCACAAUUGCUUAUGAGCCGGCUGAGGAUGUUCUUAGAUUUCGGCUAUCCAUACGAAGAAAUGUUGAAGAACUUUCACGAGCAGAUCAGUGAAAUCAUUUGUUCUUACCUUCCAGGGUCUCACAAUUUCAAGAGGACGAAUGGUGGCCUAAUAGAACUAAACCAUGGUAAGCCUAAACCUCUUCAAUACGUCACGAAUGCAGCUUUCUUGGCCACGUUAUACGCCGAUUACCUCGAAGCUACAUUGACACCGGGAUGGCAGUGCGGGGCUAAGUUUUAUCCGAAAGAUGCAUUUCGGGACUUUGCGAAGACACAGAUCGAUUACAUCCUGGGGAGGAAUCUGCGGCACAUGAGUUACGUUGUAGGAUUAAGUGAUCAUUUCCCUCAGUAUGUGCACCACAAAGGUGCAUCGAUUCCCGGCUACAUCAAGCAUCAAAGCUGUCAAGAAGGAUUGCGAUGGAAGGAGAGUAAAAAGCCGAAUCCAAAUACGAUUGUUGGAGCCAUGGUUGGUGGACCUGAUAAGCACGAUGGUUUUCAAGACAACAGGUCCAAUUACAAUUUCACCGAACCAACCAUUGCUGGCAAUGCAGGUUUGGUUGCAGCAUUGGUGGCUUUGUCGGAUGGAAGUAAAACCGGGAUAGACAAGAACACCAUGUUCUAUGCCAUCCCUCCAUUUUCUAUGCCUUGACCGCCACCGCCACGGCCACUGGUCGGGAAACCAUGACAUAUGUAUGCUUUGGGCAGCAAGUGAAUUUAGUGCAUAGAAAUUUGCCAGUAAACUUAA